AUGGGCCUUCACGUUACGCGAAGGGUCUUCCCAUUUCGCGAAGGGCCUUCGAUUAUCAAGAAUAAUGAGGCGACUGAGAGGCUCGGUGCUGAUUCGUUCUUGAUUAGUAGUGAUCCUGAUCAGAUGAAGAGAAGGAAGAUAGUUGUUGGGAGUAAUAUUGGGGGAAUAAAGAAGACUAAGGAGAUGAUUAAUUUUGCUGCAAAACAUUUUAUAACUGCAUAUAUUGAGGUUGUUUCGAUCGAUGAUGUGAACAUUGCAAUGGAGCGAUUGGUGAAGGCGGAUGUGAGAUACCGUUUUGUAAUUGAUAUCGCUAACACUAUGAAAAACAAGUCCUAA